GCUGCGGGGAACGGUGGAGCUGAGGACACGCGGGCGCGGCACGUGGCUGUCCCUCGCACCUUCGGCCACACCUGUGCCGCGCUCCCUGGGAGGCGGCAGCAGCCCCCGUCCAGCGCACGGCGGUGUGCCGGCGCUCGGGCUGGGAGGGCGGGCGGCCGCGCUCUGCCCCUCGCUGUGCCUGCUGGCGUCUCCCUGUGUAAAACCAGUCCCAGGCUCCGCGCCUCUGCGCUGUCAGCGGGGCGGGCGGCCUGUGGUAGAGCCGCGCCAUUCCCGGGGGCCAAGCCCCUCCCGCCGCAGCCCGCACCCGGCGGGAGGGGCGGUGCGAGAUGGAGAAAGGAGGCGGUGGGUGGGUGGGGAGAGGGGCGAGCGCGGGGCGGGGGCAUGGCGGGGCUCGGCCGCCGACGCCCGAUACCUCCCGCCCUGGCGGAGGCGGCGGCGGAUAAUUUCUUCCCUUUUCUUGGCUUGGCUCUGCCACUGACCUCUGGUGUAUCCAGUGGCAAUCUCCUGCCCCUUUGGUUUCCCACCUAAAAUGGUUUCCUGCGUCCUACAGAUGCUCAGCAUGUCUUGGCUGCUCCUGCUCUGCUCACUCUGACCAUGAGCAGCAAUUCUUCCCUCAGCAAUGGGAAUGGUCUGAGGAACCUUACCACGCAGGAAGAUGGCGCGGUCAGAGUCACUGAAGCCAUUGCUAUAAUCGUCAUUGCUGUUUUCAUCUGUUUGGGCAACCUCAUCAUUGUUGUCACCCUCUAUCGGAAGUCUUACCUUCUCACGUUGAGUAACAAGUUCGUGUUCAGCCUGACCCUCUCCAACUUUCUGCUCUCUGUACUGGUGCUGCCUUUUGUUGUCACCAGCUCCAUCAAGCGGGAAUGGAUCUUUGGAGUCGUUUGGUGCAAUUUCUCAGCCCUGCUCUACAUGCUGAUCAGCUCAGCCAGCAUGCUUACUCUUGGACUGAUAGCCAUAGACCGGUACUAUGCUGUUCUUUACCCUAUGGUAUACCCAAUGAAGAUUACAGGCAACAGAGCUGUGGUGGCUCUUGUGUAUGUCUGGCUACAUUCCCUCAUUGGCUGCCUUCCCCCCCUCUUUGGCUGGUCGUCUUUGGAAUUUGACCAGUUUAAGUGGAUGUGUGUGGCGGCCUGGCACAAAGAGGCUGGCUACACUGCCUUUUGGCAGGUCUGGUGUGCGUUGCUGCCUUUCGUGGUCAUGAUGAUCUGCUAUGGGUUCAUAUUCCGUGUGGCUAGGAUUAAAGCCCGCAAAAUCCACUGUGGCAGUGUUGUCAUUGUGGAGGAGGACUCCCAGAGGAAUGGGAGGAAGAACUCCAGCACUUCCACGUCCUCCUCAGGAAGCCGAAGGAACGCUUUCCAAGGGGUUGUCUACUCUGCCAACCAGUGCAAAGCUUUUAUAACCAUUUUGGUUGUCAUCGGUGCUUUUGUUAUUACGUGGGGACCUUACAUGGUAGUAAUUACAUCAGAGGCACUUUGGGGAAAAAACAGUAUUUCCCCUGCCUUGGAGACUUUAGCUACGUGGUUGUCCUUUUCCAGUGCCAUUUGUCACCCAUUAAUUUAUGGACUGUGGAACAAAACAGUGCGCAAGGAACUACUAGGAAUGUGCUUUGGGGAUCGGUAUUAUCGUGAGUCGUUUGUUCAGCGGCAUAGGACUUCGAGGUUAUUCAGCAUUUCCAAUAGGAUCACAGAUUUGGGACUAUCCCCUCAUCUCACUGCCCUCAUGGCAGGUGGGCGGCCGUUAGGAAACAGCAGCAGCACAGGAGACACAGGUUUCAGCUGUUCACAGGAUUCAGGAACAGAUACAAUGCUCCUUGAAGACUAUAGCUCAGAUGGCCCUUCUCUCCCACACUGCGUCUGUCCUCCUAGAAGAAGGAGUUCAGUGACAUUUGAAGAUGAAAUAGAGCAAAUCAAAGGUGGGCUUAGGGAAACUGCAAAGAAUUCUGUUCUUCAUGUAAAAGCUGACGUUCAUAAAUCUCUGGACAAUUAUGCAUCCAGUUUAGCAAGAGCAAUUGAAGCUGAUGUGAAAAUCAGCUUGUUUGGGGAAGGUGCUUUACCAGGAGCUCUGUUUCCUGUGCGGACUCUGCCAGGAAGCAGUAUGAACGCACGGCGUGGCAUCAGGCCCCAUGCCAGCCAAAGGCUUCAGCUUCAGAGCAUCGAUGAAGGGAAUAUUUGACAGGAGGACUAGAGGAGAAUAACUGAAUGAAACCACUAAGCAGGACCUACCAUGUCUGUUACUGUUUUAACAGAAACAGGAUACCUCAUUGGGACGUUUUCAGUGUUUUUUGAACACUUAAAUGUCAGUUGAAUUCUGGUACUUGCAUCAGCAUUUUGCAGCAGUAUUUACUUAUUCUUUAGGGUGCUACUGGACUGCUUUUGCCAUGUCUUAAGCCUGUCAUGCAGAGCAUAGGAACACAGAGUUUGGUUUUGUCAACCAAAUCAUUAGUCUGUUGAAUCACAUUGUCUCUUCUUGGCCAAAGCUGAUACAGAAAUGAAAAAUGAAAAGUAUGUGCAGUGUUUAAUAAUUGUAGUGAUCCUCUUCUGAACAUCAGGAUCCAUUCACACGUGAUAGCUCGAGUGCUCUGAUGAGAGCUUGUACACUGACAAUUACACACAGACUUACUCUCAAGAUUCCCAAAUGAUAGAGCAUGGACUUUACUAAGGGAUAACAACUGAGCUUUACAGGGAGCUCAUGUACGUAUGAUUUUACUUAGCCUCGCUAGCAGAUAUUUCUGGCUGUUUGUCAGAAUGCUAGGUAUGAAACUGAGUUGUAUAUUGCUUCUGCUUUACGAGACACCAGCUUCUCCAGAUGUAAUGGGUGGAAGCAAACCAGUGUUGGAAGUAUCACAGAGAUAUUUGAGGAAGACAUCAUCGCAGAGCUCUUAGUUUCUCUGAGAACUGCGACUCUCUUCCCUGGCUUUGCUGUUACUAAAAGAGCACCCUACAGCUGCGGGAAGCUUGUCAGGAAAUAAAUAAGGUAUUACCACCUUAAUCAUAUAUGCAGGAUUCAUCUUUUCUAUAGAAGGAAGUUCUGUGGGUUAUUUUUUAAUCACGAGAGAAUGUAGUACUUAAUAGUUACCUCAGUGCUUAUAUUUUUUGGAGUUUUAAAUCAUUAAUCUCUAGAAUAAGACCAUUUAGCACUUAUGUUGCACUUUGCAUGUUCUAAGCACUGUACAGACUUUACCUUGUUGGGCCUGUGUGAGAGGGCUGAUCAGCCUUGCUUGCCAAAGAAGAAGAAUGCAGCAACAGUUAAGCCAGAAAUAAAAGCAUCUGCAAGGGUGGAAAGAUUUGUUAUGAAAAGAGGGAUGAAGUGGAUCUUAUGAGAAUGCCCAGCAUGAGUAACCUCUCUGUGCCUUCCUAGGCUGGACCUUUUCUUCCUCUAUGGAGGUUUCUGCCCUGCCUUAAUGCUAUUUCAAGGAGAUGGAUCAGUAGGAUAUCCAUUUCUUGAGGUUGGGUGUAGUAGCAAAUGGACUUACAGCCCAAGGACCUGUAUUUAUUUUCUGUGUCUGCUCCCUACUGUCCCUCAUUUGAAGUGUUUCUCUUUUUUUUCUUUUUCUUAGAAGUGGUCUGAGUUUUUGCAGCAGAUUCUUUGGAAAUUGGAGGCAGACUGUUUACAUCUGGUCAAAAAAUUGAGUGUGUGGUUGUUAAAUUAUGUCUUCUUAGACCUUGCUCAAAGGUACAGAAACAAAAAAACAGGUUUUGAGGCAGAGCCUCAGCUCUGUACUGAAUUUAGACAUCCUGUUUGUCUCUCUUCUCAACUGAGAAAUACAUUUCAGCACAAGCUUACAUCCAUCUGUGGAUUCAGGCUUGUCUUUGACCUAGCCUGAAUCCAUGACAUUCCCACAUAAGAUUUAACUUGCAUGCUUAAAAUUCAGUACAUGGUUUGCUGAUUAAAAACAGGCACUUAAAGCAAGAACACUUAAGCACCAUAAGAUGGCUCUUCGAAUAAUGGCAAAUGAAAUGAGAUGUGGACUGCGUGGAGAGCUGAUGUGCUAAGCAGCAGUGUAUGUGUACCAGCUCCACACUCCUGUAUUUUUUUUUUUUUUAUUUUCUGUGUGUUAGGUAAAUUGGCACUUCAGGGCACUUCAAAACCCAGAUCCCACUGUUUGCCAGAAAAUGCCCAGCACUGAGGUUAUUAUUGCAGUCAUUCAUACUAGAAUCACAGUUAUUCAUAGUGGUCAGCACUCCUUUAGGUAUACACUUCCCUCAGAGGGCUUAAAGUGUUUUAUCUGCAUCCCUUUUCUUUCACAUUCCUGCUUCCAAACAAGUUGAGCAAAAGUGUCAAUGAAUGCAGAAAGGGCAAAGGUGGAUGAAGCUAGGCAAAAACUAGUGGGUUUUUUUAGGAGCAAAAAUUUUCAUGUCACGUGUGAAAGCACAAAAUCACCUGUGUUUUGUAAAAAGGACAUUUUUCACAAUGAUGCUGAGCCAAAUUCAGUCUUCAGGCAGGUCAGUGAGGCUGCAGCUGUUUACACCAGUACUGAAUUGGGCUCUCGAUGUUCAUUUCACUAAUCCAUUAUUUAGUAUGAAUGUUGUUAAUAUUUUUGCUAAUCAAAUUAUAGCCUCACCAUAUUUCUGUAAUUACCAGCACCAUUUUCUCACUUGUCAUAAGUUAAAGAGCUAACUAUGAAAUGCACACAUUUUGUAAAAUUGUAUCCGUCAUCUUAAAUACAAAAGGAAAAAAAAAGUU